CAUUUUGCUGUACGCUCAAGUGAGGCUAACGAAAAGUGGGACUCGGGCGAUUUUUUUUUUAUUUUAGGUCCUUGCUUCAUUUAUUAUUAUCACUAUUAUACAUUGCUCUGGUAUUUUGUUUUCGGUGUUUUCAGCGAGAAGAAAUGACAAGAUCAUAGACCCCUCCUCUCAUGGGCGGAGCGUGCAUUUUUAUUUCGAUUUUGUAUUUUUUUUCUGGUCCUGAUCUGACACGUCUGCAUUGAGUGAGUGGCAUUGGCACAUUGUCAAUCGCUCACUACCGCUGCCAUCAAACACCAUAAAGCACACAGUCAGAGAUUCGGACUCAUAAAUUUCAAAAGGCAGAUAUUUUUGCGCAUUGCUUUACAGCGUGUAAUUAAUUUUUCGUUAUUGUUUUAUUCAUUUUCCAAGUAAAUCUGCGAAACUUUUUUUUAAAUUGAAUUUGUAUUUUUGCUAUCACUAUUAUUGUUUAGCAGCCGGUACUAGUCAUUAAAUACAUUUAUUUUUCAUUUAUUUUUGGAAACAUUUAUAUGUUGAGUUUCUCAAGUAUUUUACUACCAACAUAGGUAUUGUAAACUACUUUGAUUUGCAUUGUUUAUUUAUUUUGUUUUAUUAUUUGUUUCCCACUUAGCGUCGGAUGUUUUGUUUCCUGGUGGUUUAAAUUGGGAUUUGAACAAGUUUGCAAGAAGAAUUACGCGGGGAGACAUAAUCGCAAGAAAGGUUACUAACAUAUGAAAGAAAUCUGCAAGGAGCUUUAGCAGUCAUAUCCAACACGUCAAAUCAAAGAAAAAAGACCAAUUGGAAAGAAGAUUCGAACAGGAUCAAAGGGACAGCGGCUGUCAUACGAAUACCGAAGUGUCAACAAUGAAAGUAUAGAUAUUGGAACUGCAAUUACGAACAAAAUAUUUAUCAUAUAUUUAUAAAACGGUGCUUCGAUUCAAGGAGAGAAGAAAAUAUUGCCAGAAGAAAGUGUUUACUGGGACAUAGAUUCGUCAUACUAUCUCUUGAUAGUGCCUCGUAUCAAUUUAUCGCUCUUUCUUAUUUUUUUGUGCGCAGUUGUUUUAAGAAUUAACGUUAUUCCUUGGUCCCUCUUGUGCCGAACAGACUUGAGAAUUGGCUUUGCAUGUGAUUUUUUCCAAGCUCCAUUUCUUUGCGUUGGUUCGUAAGAAGUGCAUUGAUUGUGUUGCGGCAGACUAUGGACGAACAAGCCCGGAUAAUGCAGGCUCUCGGCGGUGUCAGCCUUGCUGGUCACUCGGUACAAGGAGGCAUGGCACUGCCGCCACCGCACGGACACGAAGGGACGGAUGGGGACGGAAGAAAACAAGAUAUUGGGGACAUUCUGCAUCAAAUAAUGACCAUAACUGACCAAAGUCUGGAUGAGGCGCAAGCAAAGAAACAUGGACUGAAUUGCCACAGAAUGAAACCGGCCCUCUUCAGUGUGCUAUGCGAGAUUAAAGAAAAAACAGGGCUGAGUAUCCGCGGGGCGCAGGAGGAGGACCCCCCGGACCCCCAGCUCAUGCGGCUGGACAACAUGCUGCUGGCGGAGGGCGUGUCCGGGCCGGAGAAAGGGGGCGGGUCCGCCGCGGCCGCCGCGGCUGCCGCCGCCUCGGGGGGCGCGGCCGACAACUCCAUCGAGCACUCCGACUACAGAGCCAAACUCACCCAGAUCCGGCAGAUCUACCACACAGAGCUGGAGAAAUACGAGCAGGCGUGUAACGAGUUCACCACACACGUGAUGAACCUGCUGAGGGAGCAGUCUCGGACCCGGCCCAUCUCGCCCAAGGAGAUCGAGCGCAUGGUGGGCAUCAUCCACCGCAAGUUCAGCUCCAUCCAGAUGCAGCUCAAACAGAGCACCUGCGAGGCCGUCAUGAUCCUGCGCUCACGAUUCCUCGACGCCAGGCGGAAAAGGCGAAACUUCAGCAAGCAGGCGACGGAAAUCCUGAACGAGUAUUUCUACUCUCACCUUUCGAACCCUUACCCCAGCGAGGAAGCCAAAGAGGAGCUGGCUAAGAAGUGCAGCAUCACCGUCUCCCAGGGGGUGGGAACCACCAUCACAGUAUCACAGGUGUCCAACUGGUUCGGCAAUAAGAGGAUUCGGUACAAGAAGAACAUCGGAAAGUUCCAGGAAGAAGCCAACCUCUACGCCGCCAAGACGGCGGUUACAGCCGCCCACGCGGCCGCAGCAGCGGUGCAGAACAGCCAGACGAACUCGCCGACCACGCCCAACUCCGGAUUCCAGAUGAAAGAUGAAGAGUUUCAGCUGGACUCCGCAGAGAGCAAAAACACUCUUUUAACCAACAUGUUCACUGGUUCCUCAAGUUCUUUUAACCUCCCAAACUCUGGGGACAUGUUCAUGAGCAUGCAGAAUCUGAAUGGGGAUUCUUACCAAGGGGCACAAGUUGGAGCCAAUGUGCAGUCUCAGGUGGAUACCCUGCGUCAUGUUAUCAAUCAGACGGCAGGAUACAGUGAUGGCUUGGGGGGAAACUCUCUGUACAGUCCACACGGCUUGAACGCUAAUGGGGGAUGGCAAGACGCAACCACUCCAUCUUCUGUUAUUUCCCCAACAGAAGGUCCGGGAAGUGUACACUCCGAUACCUCUAACUGAUGACACUGACGCGUCCCUUCCCCAGCUGCAGAGCCCCAGAUUCACACAGACUGACCAAUCAGAGAGCCUGACCAUGAACAAACUCUUUCUGAAAACCAAUCAUUCGCCGGCAUCUUACGGGGAACCCUGCCCCCCCUGCUCCUGAGUGACAUUCACACCAUCUUGGACUCCUGGGGAAAAAAAAGUAUUUGAAUUUUUCUUGGGCAAAAUCAGAGAAGUCCAUCAACCUACACCUACACGUUUCAACUGGAUUUCUUUUUUUUCCCUCCCGGAAGAGCUUUUCUUUUCUUAAUAGAUAUGCAUCCGUAUAGUGUAUAAAGUAUUAAUAUCAUUUUGAUGAAAAAAUGCCUGCCCAAAGGUUGUUUGGGAAUGAUGGGUUGAAUUCUUGCGGACCUUACAAGCCAAGCAAGUGUCAGAAACCCAAAUCAGGCUACACUCUCAGAGUUGUUGCCUCCUCAGAUUUUUAAAAUCUGUUCAUUUCUUACAUUUUUACGAUCUAUUUUGCAGUCUUCUUCACUCCACUCUAGAAAGACCCUUGUUCCCUUUGAUUUGAAAAACACAGGAGGUCCCAGUGAGGCUUAAAACUGCCUCAAUCAUAACUUGCUUUAGGAAUGAAGUGUUAUUACUCUGAAUCAAUAUGAUUUGGGAACUGCAUAGCACACCAUUAGUGACCAUUUCGCAUAUUGUGUUUUUCUAUUGGUCCAUUUUUCAUAGUUAUAUGCUCUAUAGCCUAUUCGAAAAGCAACAUUUGCAUUACAAGUUCAGAAAGCGCAGAGUGAUUUCUGACACUUCUGUGCUAAUUUGUGUGUUUAACAGGGCUAAAGGUUACAAUUUCUGGCAGCUUGGGGAAUUCAUUUUUGAUUACGUUUUCGCCUUACAACCCAACAAUUUGCAAUGUUUGAGAAAUCUUUGCUGUGGCACUGAAUUAGAUGUGUAAAUUAGCCAACUGUGCAUUCCAUUCUUGGGAAAUGCUUUUUAAAAGUGACAGGUCCUGACACCAUUUCUUGCAUAAGUAAGUAAAAGAUGACCAUUUACCAAUAUUUGUAACUUUUUCUUUUUUACUUGGAAGUCAUAUUAAAUGUCUAACCCAUUCUUGGAAAUGAUGGAAAUAAUGGGUCUUACAGUAAAACCAACCAGUUAUGGUACUCUCUCAGCAACUAAAGACACCAAUCACACAAAGCAUAAUGUAUAUAAUGUAGCUUAAGAGUAUAUAUACAUCCCACCAAUCAAAACACAGCUUUAUUACCUCAUGCGAACUCAUAGAAACCAAUAGAAUUUCAACAUGUUCUAUAGCUUAGAGUGCUCACUUACUACCUCUAAACAAUAUCACUACCAUUUUUUCGUCUUUUUUCAUUUUGUAUUUUUAUUUAGUUAAUUUGAUUGCAUCUUGUAAUAAACACUUUGUUUCCCCUCAUGUAAUCUAAUGUAUAUUUUAAUCUUUUAAGAAAAUGAAGUUGCUUUGUUGCAAUUUUUAAAAAGUAAAAAAAUACAAUAAAAAAAUAAAUAAUGACGAUGAUAAACCGUGCGUGUGUGGGUGGGUUGUGGGAAAGGGACAGGGAAAUCGUUGGUCGUAAAUUAACACCAAACAGUAAAACUGUUGUAAAUAUGGAAGAACAUUUUGAAUGUUGCUCAUCUUGUUACUAAUCCAUGCAAAAAAAAUCAUAAUUAAAAUAGCUGUAAUGCAUAGAGGUUUUCAGUAUUCAGAACUGUACAUUUCACACCCUGUGUGACAGGGUGGCCCCUUUCUCUCUCUUUUUUGUAUUGUAUGUGAUUCUGAAACUGAUAAGGUCAUGAAAAGAUUAUUUGUGGCAGUGAUUCUAAUGUAUUAAAAAAAAAAUGUUUCGUGUUACUUUCUAACCAGACUACACCCUGGACUGAGAAGUCUUCCUUGUGGUAGAUAUGUGUAGUUUCAAACCAUGAAUAAACUUUUUGCUUUCAUGAUA